AUGAGAUUCACCGCUCUUACUUCCGUUGCGAUCCUUGCAGCCACUGCUCUUGCGGCACCGGCCAUCCAGAGAGAGGAGAAACGGGCUUUCGUCACUGACGAGCUUGAUCCUCGUUCGUUUGUCACCGAAGACAAACGCGAGUUUGUGACUGAGCCAGAGAGACGCUCCUUCGUCACAGAGGACAAGCGAGGAUUUGUCACUGAGGAGAAGCGUGGUUUCGUCACCGAAGAUGAAUUGGAGAAGAGAGGCUUCGUCACCGAGCCCGAGAUGAACAAGCGGGGCUUUGUGACGGAGCCAGAGAAGAGGUCUUUUGUCACGGAGGACAAGCGCAGCUUCGUGACCGAACCCGAGAAGCGUGGUUUCGUCACUGAAGAUAAGAGAAGCUUUGUCACGGAGCCCGAGAAGCGUGGUUUCGUCACUGAAGAGAAGAGGGGCUUCGUCACUGAGCCUGAGAAGAGAUCCUUCAUUACAGAGAAGCGUGGCUUUGUCACCGAGGACAAGCGUAGCUUUGUUACGGAGCCUGAGAAGAGAUCUUUCGUGACUGAAGACAAGCGCGGCUUUGUUACCGAGCCUGAGAAGCGUGGAUUUGUCACUGAGGAGAAGCGCUCCUUCAUCACUGAGCCCCACAAGAGAGGCUUUGUUACUGAGGACAAGCGUGCCUUCGUUACCGACGAGGACAUGGAGUAA